GUUGUAUAUUGUGUGCCUACAGCUUCAGCUUGUCCCAACAUGUGUGACAACUUUCAUGUAAUCCAUGCAUGCCCUCUGAGCAGGGGCGGACUGACAACUCAUGGGGCCCCCGGGCAAUAGGGGAUCAUGGGGCCCCUGUGUCCUUGCCCAAACUCAAAAAAGCCUAUGAAAAAGGUACCAGGGGCAUCUCAUGGGGCCCCCUACUGACCCUGGGCCCUCGGGCUGUGCCCGAGUUUCCAAAUGGUCAGUCCGCCCCUGCCUCUGAGUGAUA